AUGUCGCAAGCAGCUGAGACGGAGUUCAAGCCUUUGCUCAGUGAAAGCGUCGGAUAUGGUGUCGUCGUCGGCGUGGGCUUCUUCUUCGCGGCCUUGAUGCUGUGUCUUACAGCGCUCCAAGCGAAAUUCUUCAAGUUCUCACCCUCGUCGUCCGAAGAGUUUUCGAGCGCGUCCAGAAGUGUGAAGCCGGGUUUGGUCUGUUGUGGGAUAGUCAGCGCAUGGACGUGGAGCGCGACGCUCCUGCAGUCGAGCACGGCGGCCUAUACCUUCGGCGUCAGUGGACCUUGGUGGUACGGCGUGGGCGGAACGAUCCAGCUCGCGAUAUUCGCCAUGGUCGCAGCCAAGGUCAAGAUGAACGCGAACGGCGCUCACACGUUCCUUGAGAUCGUGAAGGCGCGUUUCGGCACGGGGGCACAUCUGAUGUUCACGUUCUACGCGUUUCUCUGCAUCCUCGUCGUUUGCGGAUCUCUCCUUCUUGGAGGGGCGGCGACGGUGAACGCGCUCACAGGGAUGAACAUCAUUGCCGCAUGCUUCCUGCUCCCUAUCGGGAUCGCGGUGUACGUCGUGUUCGGCGGUCUGCGCGCAACGUUCAUCUGCGACUAUGCGCACACGAUGAUCCUCUUCAUCAUCAUAUACAUCUUCUUCGCCAACGUCUACGGCGCCUCCAACGAGACGGGGAGCAUUGGCGCUAUGUACGACUUGCUCGUGCAAGCGGGCAAGGAUACGCCUGUUGUGGGCAACCAAGAUGGAAGCUACGUGACGAUGAAGUCCAACCAGGGCCUGGUAUUUGGUGCGGCGACGAUCCUUUCCGGCUUCUCGGGAGUAUUCUGUGAUCAAGGAUACUGGCAACGUGCCAUCGCGAGCGCGCCGCGCUCUACAACAAAGGCAUACAUGUUAGGCGGUCUCUCAUGGUUUGCUGUACCGUGGGGCUUCGCGUCCUGCCUCGGACUCGCCGCUCGUGCACUCGUGAACAAUCCAAAGUUCCCAACUUACCCGAACCCGCUCUCUGCCUCCCAAACGAGCGCUGGGCUGGCCGCACCUGCGGCCGCGGCCGUCGUGAUGGGUAGAGGGGGCGCGAUCGCAAUCCUACUAGUCGUCUUUAUGGCUGUCACAUCUGCUGUCAGCGCGGAGCUGAUCGCCGUCUCGAGCCUAUUCUCGUACGACCUGUACCGAACUUAUUUCCGCCCAAAAGCAACGAGCACAGAGAUCGUCCGCGUCUCCCACUACUUCAUCUGCUUUUGGGCAGUCUGGGCCGGGUGCUGGGCAACUAUCCUUCACAAAGCAAGCAUCGACCUUGGCUGGUUGUUCUACGUCCAAGGCGUCGUACUGAGCCCUGCGGUCAUACCCAUCGCGCUUACUGUCACCUGGUCUGGACUCACCCGCGCUGGAGUAUUCACAGGCUGCAUUUCCGGUGCAGUCUUGGGAAUGCUCGCGUGGAUGAUCGGUUGCCUGAAGAUCUAUGGGGAGAUCAACGUCCCGAAUCUGGCAGAGCCGUACUCCGCCGUGUGCAGCGGUUUGACGGGACUGCUGUUCUCCGGGGUCCUCACGGUGGUCGUAUCGUUGGCAAGACCUGCGAAGUACGACUUUGCCGGAACGCGUGCGAUUGCAAUGUACGACGACGGAAGCUCGCAGGCCUCAAUCUCCGAAACGUCCUCCCAAGUCGACGUGGAGAAGUCGCCGUCAAAGAAUACCACCACGACUGAGGUCGUGCCAGUCGCCGAGCCCCGCGCUGAAACGCCUACGAACUCUGAGAAGGCAGAAGUGACCAGGACGGAGCUGAAGCGCGUAUUCCGGCGCGCGGCGUGGUACUCGCUCGCUCUGACCGCUAUAGUCGCGGUCCUCGUCCCGAUCCCCAUGUUCUUCUCGCACUACGUGUUCAGCAAGGGUUUCUACACCUUCUGGGUCGCGUGCACGAUAAUCUGGGCCGCGAUGAGCGGGAUAUUCUGUAUGAUCUUGCCAUUGUGGGAGUCGCGCACGGAGAUGUGGAUGAUCGGGCGUGGCCUCUUCGGCGCGAAACCUGCUGCGCGCGCCGAAGACGACAAAGCGUAACGAGAAGCGAAGAGAUAUAAUUACAUGCAUUGUCUACCUGUAUCGU